UUUGGCACAACAGAACUUGUCCCAUAUUGAAAUAUAAGUGUAAAACGGAAAAUUGAAUUGUAAGGUCAACGUGUAAAGGGUAUUUCUUCAUUUUGCAUAAUCAUUAAGAUUUAGUCUUGAAAAUUAUCAACUAGUGUCAAUACAUUCUAAUUCAGUAGUAGUCUGGGUAGCUAUUAAAGUGCACAUUGAUCUAGUUUUGUUGGAGGAAAAGACGCGAGAAUGAUUUUCUUGAUAUUUUCUUUAUUGUUUAUUGGACUACAUGCAGCCCCUGCAGAGAGAUGGCCAAAUGUGAUGGGAUCAACCCCCAAGAACCAUGUGGUUAUUAUAACACCUACCUCAGAAUAUGAUGCUCCAGUCUACCACUACAGCUCCACUCCUCCAACCAAGGAUUCAAUUUUCCACUCCAACCCCAGCUACGCUGGUAUUGAGCAGCACUAUCCGCCACCAGCAGCACACUACCCACCGCCUCACCACACACACCACGAGAAAAACCACUAUGACGUAAAACUCCUUAGAAAACAUUACGAUGAUUGGUUGAAUAAGAAAGUAGCUUUCAAAACCGGUUUGAUUAAGAAAGCCGUCGAUAAGACCGUGGAUGUAACUGCUAAGCUAGCACAGUAUACUGCUGACUUUCUAAGCAGAGUUGCUAUUGAGACAGCUGCCAAGUUAGCCAAGACUAGUGCUAACCAUGUGAUUGAUAAGAAGGGAUGGAAGUAUGCUCCUGACCAUCACUACCAUUGAUUAUUAUGUAAUUUUUCUAAAUUUUUUAGUGUUAAUGUAGAUAUUUUUUAUAGUUUAAAAUUAUUUUUAUGGUGCUUUGUUUUAUUAAAGUAUCUAGUCAAUA